AUGAAGUCCUUGAAUGAUAGCAACACCGAUGAUGGAAACAAUCAUAACUGGUUGGGGUUCUCUCUCUCACCCCACAUGAAAAUGGAGGUUACUUCUGGCCCUCAGCAUCAUCAUCACUACAAUCAUCAACAACCCCAGGCUUCUGCAGCUUCUGCUACUGUUUCUAAUAACACUGUUCCGACAACCUUCUACUUGUCCCCUUCUCACAUAACCAACUCCGGAAUCUGUUAUGGUGUUGGAGAAACCGGUAACUUCCAUUCUCCUUUAACCGUUAUGCCUCUCAAGUCUGACGGGUCACUUUGUAUCAUGGAGGCUCUCAGUAGAUCACAAACGCAAGUGAUGGUGCCUACUUCGUCUCCAAAACUUGAAGACUUUCUAGGUGGUGCAACUAUGGGAACUCACGAAUAUGGAAGUCAUGAAAGAGAGGCAAUGGCUCUAAGCCUAGACAGCAUCUAUUAUAAUAGCCAAAAUGCAGAGUCACAACCCAACAGAGACCAUUCGCUGGACCUUCUUUCAGAACCCUUCAGGCAACAAGGGCAUGUCACUGUUCAAUCACAUCCAUAUUAUUCAGGACUUGCUUGCAAUGGGAUAUAUCAAACACCAUUAGAGGAAGAAACCAAGGAAACCCACGUUACAGUUUGCAGCUCCCAAAUGUCUCAAAUGGCUGAAGAAAGCAUUGCUUGCUUGAAAAACUGGGUGCCCCCAAGGGAGUAUUCUGCUCAGCAUGCUAUGGAGCAGCAAAUGAACUGUAACAUGAGCAAUGAUCGUGGACCUGCUUCGUCUCUUGGUCCUGUAGGCUGUGGGGAGUUACAAUCUCUAAGCCUAUCCAUGAGUCCUGGUUCUCAAUCUAGCUGUGUAACGGUUCCUAGGCAGAUCUCACCUUCUGGAACAGACUCGGUGGCCAUGGAUGGCAAAAAGAGAGGAGCUGCUAAGCUUGGCCAGAAGCAACCAGUGCAUAGGAAAUCUAUUGACACAUUCGGGCAGAGAACGUCUCAGUAUAGAGGCGUGACAAGGCACAGAUGGACUGGUAGAUACGAAGCGCAUUUGUGGGAUAACAGUUGCAAAAAAGAAGGGCAGACCAGGAAAGGAAGACAAGUAUAUUUGGGUGGUUAUGAUAUGGAAGAGAAAGCUGCAAGAGCCUAUGAUCUUGCAGCCCUUAAGUACUGGGGACCUUCAACGCAUAUAAAUUUCCCGUUAGAAAAUUACCAAACCCAACUUGAAGAAAUGAAGAACAUGAGCAGGCAGGAAUACGUUGCCCACUUGAGAAGAAAAAGCAGUGGAUUUUCAAGGGGUGCUUCAAUAUACAGAGGGGUGACAAGGCACCACCAACAUGGAAGAUGGCAAGCAAGGAUAGGCAGAGUUGCGGGAAACAAGGACCUUUACCUUGGAACAUUCAGCACUCAAGAGGAAGCAGCAGAAGCAUAUGAUAUAGCUGCAAUCAAAUUCCGUGGGGUAAAUGCAGUCACCAACUUUGACAUAUCUAGAUACGAUGUUGAAAGGAUCAUGGCCAGUAAUACUCUGCUAGCUGGGGAAUUGGCUAGGCGAAACAAAGAUAGUGAUAAAAGAACCGAGGCCAUUGACUAUAAUGGUGUAUCAAGUCAGAGCAAAGGGGAAGCAGUUCAAGCUGGAAACAACAAUGAAAAAGAUUCAGACUGGAAGAUGGUUUUGCAUCAUCAUCAUCCACAGCAAGAGUCAAAUAGCUGUGAUCAAAAAAUUAUGAACUGUGGAGGUUAUAGAAAUUCUGCUUUCUCUGUGGCCCUACAGGAUCUAAUAGGGACUGAUUCAGUAGGUUCUGGCCAGCUCAUGUUGGACGACUCUAGCAAGAUGAGGACUCAUUUUUCAAACCCGUCCUCGCUGGUGACCAGUUUAAGCAGUUCAAGAGAAGCCAGUCCUGAUAAAACAGGCCCCUCACUAUUUCCAAAGCGCCCAAUGGAAACAAAGAGUGUCAACCACAUUGCUUCUGGUGUUAGUUCUUGGUUUCCCUCACCAGCACCAGCUCAAAUAAGGCCUGCUGCUGCAGCUAUUAGUUUGUCUCACUUGCCAGUUUUUGCUGCUUGGAACGAUACCUAG